AUGGCAUCCGUCGUCGCACCUAUUGAUCGAGUGCGAGCAGAUAUCAAAUCCUCUGCACCAUCCGCCCAAACGCUCCGACACCUUCGCGUACUGCUCGGCCUCGAUGGGACCAGCGGCACCAAUGCCUCACAGUGUGACAAGGCAAAGCCAGUUCGUCCACAGAAGGUUCCCAAAACUACAGCGAUCGGCAGAAGUGCCGCUAAAAUAAAAGACCCAACACAAGGUACUGGGAGAAGAGUAGUUCGCGCACAAGUUGUGAAGGCUGUUCCCGAAGUAGUCGGACCAACGGAUUGUCGAAAGCUCGCCACAGAAGUUUUCAAUGCAACCCUGAAGCAGCUGGGCCUAGCGGCAAAGGUUGCAAAGGAAUCAGCAAGUCAGAGCGAGGGAGAUGGCCCAUUAGUGCGGCUUGCGCCAUCUCAGAGGCCUUUACAGGAACAAUCACCUAACAGGAAAAGGACUACAGGCCCAAAGGAUGAAAAACAAGUCAUAACUGAAACUCCACGACCGGUAUGUUCGGUUCUGGCUGACUGUGCUAUUUCUGCUUUGCAAUAUCUGAUUGAUGCGGAACCGGGCCAAGAUGUCAAGAAGGGAGAGCAACUAGCGGGACUGGAGAAUGCAUCUUUGAUCCUGCUAGAUCGAACAAUCACACUCGGUCUCAUUAUACAAGCAGAUUCGCAGGCCACCCAUAUAUACCGGCACUACUGGAGGCCAUGUCCAACUUCGAGCCCCUGCCCUGCUUCUCAAAAGCCCAGUGGUGCACAAUGCCUCCUCGGACGACCAGAUGCUGCCAAAGACAAACUACUAUUCGGCUUCACCACGGCUAUGCAAAGCCAAAUACUGCGGCUCGUCAUACAAUUAGGCCCAAGUUGCAUCAGCAACGAUUUGAUAAAUUCUCUCAAGCUGGAAACAAUCGGAAGCCCAGCCUGGCUCUGUCUACAGGGUCUUAAACAGAACCUCCAGAAAGCACAACAGACGGGGACGCAGCUACGCACAAUAUCAUUAGCGGUGUCCAAACUAUACUCCCAGGCGAUCUCAUCGAAAACGACAAGCCCCUCUGCGGAUGAUAUAUACCAACUAUUCUGCAUCGCCAUGUCCAUAAAAUUCGCAUCCUGGGGCCAUCUCCAGCAUAAGCUCGAUGCACACACCGACUUCUGGCGACAUUUCACCAGCGCAACAAAACGGUACAUCAUAAGUGCACCAAAGGUACCGAGUGCUGGACAAGAAAUAUUGCAUUGGAUACAUUGCUUUCAGGGACUUCUCAGAUCCGCAGGUCAAGACAGCUCCGUUCCCUCAGAUCUGAUGGAAAUUCUCCUACGCGUCGCAGGACAGCUGAAAUGUGAGCAAGAACUUUACGUACUUGCAGGAACGAAAGGGGCAGAUCUCGACCCUACCAUAUCUUUGAUGUCGAGCUGCCAAGUUACUUCUUCGCGACUCAACAAUUAUCAGCAGAACACAGAUCUGGUCCUUGAUUCCGUCAACAAUACUUGGAAUCUCCUUUUCAAGGUCUCCAAUCUGUCAGUUUCUGACGUUGAACGACUUCUGCUGCCAACAGUUCAAUUGCGCAAAGCCCUGUUACACGUACUCCGCAAUAUACUCCAAUCCCAUCAAUCCAACAAGUCAGUGGCAACCUACCAGGAGCUGAGGAGCAGUUGUUACAAACUUAUCUGCCAAUGUGUCACCUUUUUGUUUGACCACAUUCGCACUGUACUUACCAAGACUGGGCAAGACCUGGCAACUGAUAGGAGAAAAACGUUAUUGUCUACACUCGUGAAGAACGCAGACGCAAUGCUUCAACUUGAGAGAUGCAAUCCUCCACGAAUGUCGACCUCAACAGAUAGAUCGGACGAUACAUUGGAGUACGCUGUGGAAAUGACUAAGUUUCUUCAAACCCAGAUUCAAGAUCUUGAAAACGACGAAUCCCUCUCCGCUGCGCUCGCCCAGAUCCGUAUCCGAAUCUCACAGGUGUACUGGACACGCUACAUUAAAUCUGUCGAAGGACGCGCCAACAGCAGAACACAGGUUCAAAUCCUGUCGGGCUCAAUCUCAAUCCUGACCUCCCUCUCGCUCACUGACGAGAAGUCUGCAUUUCUCGGUCUCAAAUAUCAACGCCUCGCGUCCUGCCAUGCUGAUCUCCACGACUUUAAGGCCGCCAGACAUGCACUUGGACAGAGCAUCGAAUUCGACAUCAAGCUAGGCGCACUGCGGGAUGCCGCGGAGUUUGCUUUGACAGGCUCUUCGCAGCUUGUGUGGUCGAGAGCGGACUCGAGCUGUAUGUCUCUGGGGAAAAGUCUCGCAAUGUUUGCCAAUGUGGCAUUGGCUGAGGCUGCGGGCUCAGAACAAAGUCUUGAAUUGUACGAUUCGAACACCUCACCGCCGGUCCAGCGAGCCAUCGUGCUUGAGAGGCAGAUAUCUUGCUUGCUUGAGAAGAGUCUUGACGAAAAGCAACUGCAACAUAUCACUUCGCAAUUGAUCCUCCUACUAGCACUUCUAGACCAGCCCAAGUACAAAGUGUUUCGCAUGAGAAUGGUCAGUUCCUUGGUCUCAACGCGGCUCAAGACGAGGACGAUCAUAAUCGGCGUCGUUUUAAUGCCUCAACAAAUCCGCGAGAUUCUAGAGCCAGCUCCAGCACUGUCGAAGACUGUUUACCUCCUAGAUUUCGAGCCGAGUGUACGCACAAUCCUCAAAGUCCAAAGUGAUAUUUCAACGGGCCAGCUCAACAGCUCAGGGUUGCGAGAGCAUCUCAAGGUGCUUGGCGAUAUUUUCAUCAAGUGUAAAACGCCUGAGGAUUUGAGUAAGGGCAUCGAUGACCCUGACGGGUUGAUCAGCCUUCUCCACAUUUGUGUGGGUUACGCUAAUAUGUUUGAGAAUCCUCAAGCAGCUCACACUGCACUCGAAAUGAUACGAGUCAUCAUGGGCCAUGGUCACCAAUCGUCGACUAUCAGUAUCUCCAGCGUCCUGAUCAUGAUUGGGCAGUCGCAUCUACAACUUGGAAAUACCGAAGGUGCCCACACUGCGCUAUGUGCGGCUCAGUCAUCAAUCGAUCCAAAGGCGUCCGAUAAAUUGGUGGAGACACAGUUGGCUCUCGCCUUCGCUGAGCACUUUUACGCCAUUCAGGAUUUCCAGAUGUGCGUGUCUUAUCUUGAUCGUGCGCGGUCUGUCUGGGAAAGUCGUGCAGCUACGCAAUCAAUUUCGAGUCAUAGGACAAAGCUGAAGGAACAAAUGCUACUUGCCUCUUCCGCUCACCUUACGUCUCAGCUGGCAUUUCGGCAGGGUAGUCUUUUGCAAGCUGCCAUGUGUGCAAGACAGGCUGUGAAAGUUAUUGCUGCCGUUUGGCUUUCAAUCUCUAAAUGUUGGCAGUCUCUGGACCCAAGUGCUGUCGAUGUCAAAGAGGACUCUGGCUUGCAGAGCAUGGUUGCUGAAUUUUCAAGGCUAGAUCUAUCAUCGAACGAUGCCAGGGGCCAUCCCAUUGCGAGCGCGGCGAUCUACUGGCAAGAGACGACGUUGUACUGCUCGACCUUCAACCAUAUGGCAUCAAUUCUGGCACACUGUGGUCUAUACUGCGAUUCAGUCUACUUCUAUGAGCAGGGAUUGAAAGUUGCUGCCAAGGCCAAUAUGCCUUCGUUCAGUGCUUACAUGCAAAGUGAACUCGCACUUUUACAUGCUCAAGCUGGGCAACAUGACAAGGCAAAAAUAUUGCGCAUGCUACACGAGCCAGCUCCGUGUGCUUUCAUUAGUCCGUUGCAAAGACACACCUUGAUCAAUCAGGCCGAAGUCUUUUUUUUGCAGGGAGAUGUCCAGACCGCGCUCCAGCUAUUUGAGCGUGUCAAAGAUGACAGUAUGAUUCCCAAGAAAGCGGUAGCACCAAGUCAGGUCAAAAGCAAGGCAACAAGCAAUCUCAGUCGAGCAUCAAGCAAAAGAUCAGUGCCAAAAUCUCGGGCACAAAUUAAUCCCACCGAAGAGCCGAGGGCAAAGACUCCCAUGAAAGGACUUGAAGUGACGAUUAGUCAAAAGAUUCUGCUUGAUCGGCUGGCGGUUUUGGGAGCUCGUCUGAGCUUGUCCACGUUUGGCAACAAUAUUGUCGGUCUUUCCACAGUGAAUUCCGGCAACGCUCAAGAAAAUCCACGACAGACAUCGUUUCAGGCGCUGGCGCUCGUUCGCUCAGCUCUGAAACUUUUUUCGAAUGAUUCAGUGAACAACGUUCUAGCUGAGACCGCCGUAGCGUUACCAGUAAGAUAUAAAUCGUCGAGAAAGAGUGGCAGGAUAUCAUUUGUUCAAGAGAUUGCCGGUCCAGACAGUAGCCGCAAAGGCUCUCAGCGCAGGGGUCAGGCUUCUGGCGCAGCGAACAAAGAUGGAGUUGUGCCGGAAGAUGGUCGAGCACUAAUUCUCAAAGCGCAUGAAAGCCUCGCGAGCCUCAAAACUGUAGACUCUUGGCAGGUGCCCUCUGAAACUGUACAUUCUCUACACAAGCUAUUGUCACAGACGGCAUUGCUCUCCUCAGCACUCGGAGACUCCCUAGUACGUUCGUCCGUCGACAUUUUGACAGAUGCGUUGAGUCCGUUGGAUCUGCUGCGACUUCGAGAGGUGAUUAUCACUUCAAGUGAGAAGGCCACAUUGGGAAAUGCCGCGACUUCAAAUUGGCCUCGCAUCGAAGGUACCGUCUCCUCGGAGAACAAUAAUACAGCAGCAAGCCCAGAAUUGGUCAUGAAACUUGAUUUAUUGCCAGACUCCUGGUCUGUAGUAUCUAUCGGAUUGACUGAAGAUCGAACAGAGCUGUUGGUGGCCAGAAUGUCACGACAGAGGUCACCUUUCGUCCUGAGAAUCCCACUUACGCGACCUGAUCCUUCAGAAAUGGAUCACGAAGAGCUAGACUUCGAUAGCGCGAAGGCUGAGCUUGGAGACAUCGUUGUUCAAGCAAACACCUCAGCCCAUGACUCGAGAGGAAGCUCGGCCGACAAGGCAACCAGAAAAGCGUGGUUCGCCGAGAGGCAGUCGUUGGACGGCCGUCUUGCUAGUCUGCUCGACAAUAUAGAAAACGUUUGGUUUGGAGGUUUCCGAGGGCUAUUUUCCACGACAGGAACAGACGACAAGGCAUUGGCAGUAUUUGGGCAGAGCUUGUCGAAUACGCUUAACAGGCACUUGCCUUCACGACAGAAAUCAUCAAAAGCAGGGAAAUCGGUGAAGGUCCAGCUACACUCACAUGUGCUAGAACUGUUCCUGACUCUCGGUCAUCCGCGAGAAAGUGAUCUGGAAGACUCGGUGGUGGACCUCAUCUAUUUCGUCGUCGAUGUGCUCCAGUUCAAUGGCGAGAACAAUGCGUACGAUGAGAUCGAUUUUGACGCCAUGUUAGUGGAAGUUCUGGACGCAUUACAUGCCUACCAUGAAGCUGCAUCCAACAAGACGCCACACUUGCAAAAUUCGCAUCUAAUACUAGUUAUGGACAAGGAGUUGCAAGCAUUUCCGUGGGAGUCUUUACCCUGUAUGAGAGGUGAAUCGGUAUCCCGAAUGCCCUCACUUGGUACUAUCUGGGAGAGACUGGAGAAAAUGGGCCCACCACAAGGAGAUCGACCAGGCCACAUCAUCUCACCAUGUGAAGGGACCUACAUUUUGAAUCCGUCGUCGGAUUUAGCGUCAACCGAAGACACUUUCAAGUCUGUAUUUGAAGAACAACUCCCCGGAUUCAAAGCGAUCAUCGAUCGUCCGCCGUCCGAGACAGAAUUCGAGACUGCCUUGCAGGAAGACUCUUUAGUUCUCUACUUUGGACAUGGUGGCGGAGCACAGUACAUCCGAGGCCGAACCAUCCGCAAGUUGGAGCAAUGUGCAGUGACAUUGUUAAUGGGGUGCAGCAGCGUCAAGUUAUCAGAAUGUGGGGUGUAUGAAUCCUAUGGCAUGCCAUGGAAUUAUAUCAACGGAGGUAGUGCAGCGGUUGUUGGCACGUUGUGGGACGUUACGGACCGAGAUAUUGACCGAUUUGCGAUGGAAAUGAUGUCCUCCUGGGGUCUUGUGAAUAAGGCUGAAGCCAACAAUGUCAAGGAUGGCAAGAAUAGAGCACCCAAGCACAGGUCUACUGAUGAUGCGACACAAAAUUCGGUGAAGAUGUCCUUGGAUCAAGCGGUCGCACGAUCACGAGAUGUUUGCUUGUUGAAGUAUUUGAAUGGAGCAGCCCCAGUGAUGUAUGGGAUACCGGUGUUCUUGGAAUAG